UUUUGCUGCAGCACGGUGGAUCAGUUCACGGUAUAUCGAUAGUAAUUAUCGACCUUAAUUAUUAUUAAGGUCAUUGAGUCGUACAUUACACCUUCACGUAUUUAUAAUACUAUCAAUUAACAACAAUUAUCGACCUUGAUUAUUAUUGAGUAUAAAAUUGCAAGAAAUAAUUCAGAUUCUUGCAUAAUCGUUAGUACGAUGGGAAAGGCGAAGAAAUUCGUGUUAGUGAACUAUUUUCAAAAGGAUCCGAAACGAACGGAUUUGCAAUUGGUCGAGGAAGAGCUACCAUCUCUCCAAAAUGGAGAGAUCCUCGUUCAGGCAGAAUAUCUUUCCGUGGAUCCGUACAUGCGCCCUUACACCGAGAGAUAUCCAUUAGGUACUACGAUGAUCGGUGCACAAGUGGCUAAAAUCAUCGAAUCGAGGAACUCGAGUUUCCCGGUUGGAAAAAGAGUUGUCGGCUACAUGGGAUGGAGGUCACACACGGUCCUUAAUCCACAGAGAUUCUCUGAGUCGAACCUUGUUGAGCAAAAGCCGCUUAUCUUACCUGAUAUAGGGGAUUUACCGCCGUCAUUGUGUUUAGGGAUGUUAGGAAUGACAGGAAAUUCCGCAUACUUCGGUCUUUUAGAGAUUUGUAAGCCAAAACAGGGCGAAACUCUUGUCGUGAGCGGAGCCGCGGGAGCUGUCGGUUCUCAUGUCGGUCAAAUAGGAAAGGCUGUUCUUGGACUGAAUGUCAUAGGUAUCGCUGGCUCGGACGAGAAGUGUAAAUGGCUCGUAAACGAGCUUGGUUUCGAUUCCGCCAUUAAUUACAAGAAAGAAAAUAUCGCAGUCGCAUUGAGGAAAGCUGCGCCAAAGGGAGUCGAUUGUUAUUUCGACAAUGUGGGGGGAGAAAUUUCCACCACGGUUAUGUAUCAGAUGAAACCCUUCGGUCGCGUAGCUAUAUGCGGGAGCAUUUCUUCGUACAAUUACGACGCCUCGUCUUUGCCGAAAACGAUCCUCCUUCAGCCGGCUAUUUUGUUCAACCAGUUAAAAGUAGAGGGUUUCAUCGUGUCACGUUGGAACGAUCGUUGGUCGGAGGGCGUGAGCAAAAAUCUUCAGUGGAUAAGGGAAGGGAAACUUCGUUACCGCGAAACUGUUACGAGAGGCUUCGAGAAUACGUUCGAUGCGUUUGUUGGCAUGUUGCAGGGCAAAAAUAUCGGCAAAGCUAUCGUUCAGGUUUGAGGAAAAGAGAGUAUAAUCUUU